AUGUCCUCUCCACAACAUUCCACUCCACAAGCUGUAUCAAACUCUAAUUUAUCAACUCGAACAUCAUCCAUGAUACCUGCAUGGAUUCGUGGCAAUAGAUAUGGAAUCCAACCAAACACUUCUACUACACAUGCACGGAUUAGAAAGAAAAAAUGUGCAUCCCUUCAUACAUCCGGUGACAAUGAAGAAGAAUCACACUGUAAUCAUCGUUCCAACACAAAUAGAAAAUCCAAACCAACCAUACCACUCACAUGUGAAAAUUGUAAAACAGUAGAGACACCUGUUUGGCGAAAGGGAUCUAAUGGCGAGCCAUUGUGCAACAAGUGUGGUCUUUAUGUAUUGAGACAUGGCAAAAGCAGGCCACUUGAAUUUGAUUCUAUUCGAGAAAUUAGAAAGAGAAGGCAAGAAGACGAAGUCAAUCAUACAUGCAACGGUGAAAACACCAAGCGUAAGAAUGAGGGGUGUGACAAUGUAGAGACCUCACAGAAAAAGACCAAGUACGACAAAAAUCCAAACGUUCAAACAAGCUCUUCUAAGGCCCUAAGCCAUUCUUCCUCACCAAUGAGUAAUUAUGGAAAUAAUGACUGUUUCGAAAGCCAAUCCAUGCUGCGGCUAAAACAACAACUGGAAGAGGCAGUCCAGAAAUAUCCAGAGGUAGUAUGUACCUUGAUUUCACUCGUUCGAAAGCAUGUAUUGCCGCAACAUAUUGCAAGACAAUCCUUUCUUCUUUCUCAACAACCUCAUGAAACCUCGAACGAGUGUGAUCAAUCGUUGUUGCAUGUCUUUGAAGAACCACAACAACAUCCUCCCGCCAUCCUUUCCAGUGUAAAGAGUGAUACGAAGAGUGAUAGGGAAAUAAUUCGUAACUUCUCACCAUGUUCGUAUGAGAGCAGUUCCAGCUGUCGAAGUGGAAGCCGUUAUGAGGAAGAGAAAGAAGCGGAAACUGACUCUGAUUCAUGGUACUUUUUUUCAUCAGAGGCUGAACUUAGUGAAAAUUCUGAUAAUGAAAGCAAUGUGUGA